AUGCGCCCCCUCUCUGGUAUCUUCUCCUCCAAAUCCUCCAACUCCGACUCCAACCCCAACACAUCGACCUCCCGCUCCGCCUCAAAGAGCAAGUCUUUAUCUGCACCGGGAUCUGAAUAUUCUGGUAACGCAUGGGAGAAGGGAGCUACGGGCAAUCCAUGGGAGAAGGCAACAACUGGAACCACCACCACCACCAUCACAGCUACCAAGGGUCGAUCCAAGUAUGACCGAUAUGCUAGCUUACAAGGAAUUCUGAAGAAGGUGGAGUGGAAGGUUGAGAGAAGUUAG